AUGAUCUGCAGAGCAAUUUCUGCAGCGCCUCAACGUGACAGGAAUUUCUUUCUAGCUCUACUCCAAAACGCCAUAAAUCUCUCACAACUCAAUCAAAUCCAUGCUCAAAUCAUUCUCACGGGCCACAGUACAGAUCUAGCUACACUAACCAAGCUUACCCACAAACUGUUUGAUGUUAAAGCCGUAUCCCAAGCCAAGCUUCUCUUUGCCUCUCUCGCCAAUCAAAUAUCUCCAGAUAAAUUCCUUUACAAUGAACUCAUCAGAGGCUUCUCACAGAACGGUUCCCCAUUGGAUUCAAUUGCAGUUUAUUCACAUCUUCGCCGGAAAACCGAUAUGCAACCCGAUAAAUUCACGUAUUCUUUUGUUGUUCCGGCUGUUGCCUCAUCUGGGUUUCAAAAAGUUGGGAUUUUGCUUCAUGGGCAUGUUCUGGUUUCUGGGUGCGGUUCGGAUGUGUUUGUGGGGUCAGCUUUAGUAGAUAUGUACAUGAGUUUUUCGAGAACAAGGGAUGCUUUCAAAGUGUUUGAAAAAACUCCUGAAAGAGAUGGAGUUCUUUGGAAUACUAUGGUCUCUGGUAUGGUGAAGAAUUUCUUUUUUCACGAAGCGGUUUGUAUUUUCCACGAUAUGGUUGUGGAAGGGGUAAAGUUUGAUUCAACUACGUUGGCCAUGGUUCUUACUGCUGUUGCUGAGUUGAAGGAGUUGAGAGCGGGAAUGAUGAUUCAUUGUUUAGCUAUGAAAGUUGGAUUCCAUUUGGAUAAUUAUGUUCUCACUGGAUUAAUUUCAUUUUACUCCAAAUGUGGUGAUGUUUCUAGUGCGAGGUGGUUGUUUGGACUUAUUAGGAACCCAGACUUGGUUUCAUAUAAUGCUAUGAUUUCUGCUUUUUCAUGUAAUGAAGGGACAAAAUCUGCAGUAGAACUGUUCAAAGAAUUGCUCAACAUGGGUAAGAAAGUUAAUUCUAGUACCAUUGUUGGCUUGAUUCCAGUUUCUAGACCUUUUGGUCAUUUAAAUCUUGCAAAAUUAAUCCAUGGCUUCUGCAUUAAAUCCUCUGAUGUUCUUAAUUCUUCCGUUUCAACUGCUCUCGUCACCGUGUAUAAUCGACUUAGUGAGAUUGAAUCUGUUUCAAUAUCUUUGUGCAUAAUCCACUAA